UGGCGCCUCUGCAGCGCGACUCUCCCUUCUCCUCAAUCAUCGAAACAACAAACCGAACGGAGCAAGCGGGGUAAAGAGAGUCCAAAACGGCCUCUGACCGCCACUUUCAAACUCGUCUGUGAAAUAGCUACGAAGAAUUAGGACGUUGGCUGCCGAAACCUUUUUUAAACGCGCGACGGCUGGGAGUGCGCCGCGGCUGCCAUCGACGACGAGAUAUUUCCUGUCAAUCUCAGUUUGCAGAGGAUUUGAAAAAUGAAAUAAUAUAUGAUGACUUGCAUACCCUUCAAGUGAAGCAUUUUAAAAGGAUUUUUAAAAAGAUGAGGGACAUGUAGAUCAUGCAUCUUAAGGACUUCAAACACAGUUCUGUUUUACUAUUGUCUAUGAAGAGUUGAAGUCUUUAAAAGUUGAGGUGCUACAGAAGAUGUUAAAGAAAUGAUAGCAGCACCAGAAUUGCAAGCAGAGUUUCAUUUUCAUCAGGAAACUGAUACACACUUCUCUUCUGACACUGACUUUGAAGAUCCUGAUGGGAAGAAUGCAAACCCAGGCAAAGGAAAGAGCACCAAGAAAGGAAAGAAGGCUCCUGGAGAGAAGGGCAAAGGUGGGGCUGGGGCCAAGGGUGGAGGAGCCGGCCGCAUCAAUGGGCAUCACCAGGAGAACGGCGUGGAGAACAUGAUGCUCUUUGAGGUGGUUAAGCUGGGAAAGAGUGCCAUGCAGUCUGUUGUCGAUGACUGGAUUGAGUCCUACAAGCACGACAGAGAUACGGCACUUCUCGACUUAAUCAACUUCUUCAUCCAGUGUUCGGGAUGUAAAGGUGUUGUCAGUGGGGAAAUGUUCAGACACAUGCAAAACUCAGAAAUCAUCCGUAAGAUGACAGAGGAGUUUGAUGAGGACAGUGGCGACUACCCAUUAACCAUAGCUGGGCCACAGUGGAAGAAAUUCAAAUCCAAUUUCUGCGAGUUCAUCGGGGUGCUGGUUCGGCAGUGUCAGUACAGUAUCAUCUACGAUGAGUACAUGAUGGACACUGUCAUCUCACUGCUGACGGGCCUGUCAGAUUCCCAGGUUCGGGCCUUCCGUCACACCAGCACACUAGCAGCCAUGAAGCUCAUGACGGCCCUGGUGAAUGUGGCGCUCAACCUCAGCAUCAACAUGGACAACACGCAGAGGCAGUAUGAGGCCGAGAGGAAUAAGAUCAUCGGCAAGCGGGCAAACGACCGACUGGAGCUUCUGCUGCAGAAACGUAAAGAGCUUCAAGAAAAUCAAGACGAGAUUGAAAACAUGAUGAAUGCAAUAUUCAAAGGCGUUUUUGUUCACAGAUACCGUGAUGCGAUAGCAGAGAUCCGUGCUAUCUGCAUCGAGGAGAUUGGAGUCUGGAUGAAGAUGUACAGCGACGCCUUUCUGAAUGACAGUUAUCUGAAGUACGUGGGCUGGACAAUGCACGACAAGCAAGGUGAGGUGAGACUGAAGUGUCUAACUGCUUUGCAAGGCCUCUACCACAACAGGGAGUUGAACACCAAGCUAGAGCUUUUCACCAGCCGCUUCAAGGACCGUAUUGUGUCAAUGACACUAGACAAGGAGUACGAUGUUGCAGUGCAAGCAAUAAAGCUUCUUACCCUUGUGUUACAAAGCAGCGAUGAAGUCCUUACUGCCGAAGACUGUGAAAGCGUCUAUCACUUGGUCUACUCAGCUCACAGGCCAGUCGCUAUAGCAGCUGGAGAGUUCCUUUUUAAGAAACUCUUCAGUCACCGGGAUGCUGAGGAGGAGGCGGUGUCCAAACGGAGGGGUCGGCAGAGCCCCAACGCUAACCUCAUCAAGACCACUGUCUUUUUCUUCCUGGAAAGUGAGCUCCACGAGCAUGCAGCCUACCUGGUGGAUAGCAUGUGGGAGUGUGCUUCAGAUAUCCUCAAAGACUGGGAGUGCAUGAUCAGCCUGCUCCUGGAUGAGCCACUGCCAGGAGAAGAAGCCUUGACUGACCGACAGGAGACUGCGCUUAUCGAAAUCAUGCUCUGCACCAUCCGUCAGGCCUCAGAGUGCCACCCCCCUGUAGGCAGAGGGACCGGAAAGAGGGUAUUGACAGCAAAGGAAAAAAAAACCCAGCUUGACGAUCGCACAAGAAUGACAGAGCUUUUUGCUGUGGCAUUGCCACCGUUACUUGCAAAGUACUCUGUAGAUGCAGAGAAGGUAACCAAUCUUCUGCAACUGCCACAGUUCUUUGAUCUUGAAAUUUACACCACAGGACGAUUAGAAAAGCACCUAGAGUCUUUGUUACGGCAGAUUGGGGAGAUCGUGGCGAAGCACACUGACACUGAGGUCUUGGAAACCUGUUCCAAAACCUACCAUGCCCUUUGCAAUGAAGAGUUCACCAUUUUCAACAGGGUUAACAUUGCGCGCAGCCAGCUGCUUGAUGAGCAGGUGGACAAGUUCAACAGGCUGCUGGAGGACUUCCUGCAGGAGGGAGAUGAACUCGACGAGGAUGACGCAUAUCAGGUCCUGUCCACGCUCAAAAGGAUCACCGCUUUCCACAAUGCACAUGACCUCUCCAAAUGGGACCUGUUCACCAGCACAUACAAGUUACUAAAUACAGGCAUUGAGAAUGGAGACAUGCCAGAGCAGAUUGUCAUCCAUGCUUUGCAGUGCACUCACUAUGUCAUCCUGUGGCAUUUAGCCAGGGUCUCCGAAGGCAGCUCCAAAAAGGAGGACAUGCUCACACUGAAGAAGCAGAUGAGGGCUUUCUGCUUGAUGUGCCAGCGCUACUUAACAAAUGUGAACACAGCUGUCAAAGAGCAGGCUUUCACUAUCCUGUGUGACAUCCUCAUGAUCUUCAGUCACCAGAUUGUGUCUGGGGGCCGUGAUGGGCUCGAGCCUCUUGUCUACUCUCCAGAUUCCUCCCUGCAGUCUGAGCUACUCAGCUUUGUUCUGGACCAUGUGUUUAUUGACCAGGAUGACGAUAGCAACAGUACAGACGGACAGCAAGAUGAUGAAGCUGGUAAAAUUGAAGCAUUGCACAAGAGAAGAAAUCUUCUUGCCGCAUACUGCAAACUUAUUAUUUAUAACGUUGUGGAAAUGAACACUGGAGCGGACAUAUUUAAGCAAUAUAUGCGGUAUUACAACGACUAUGGUGAUAUCAUCAAGGAGACCAUGAGCAAAACAAGGCAGAUUGAUAAAAUCCAGUGUGCAAAAACUCUCAUAUUGAGUUUGCAGCAGCUAUUCAACGAGGUGCUGUCAGACCUGGGGUACAGUUUCGACCGCUCGUCUUCAGCCUUCUGCGGGAUCAAGGAGCUGGCCCGUCGCUUCUCUCUGACAUUCGGCUUGGAUCAGCUGAAGACCCGGGAAGCUAUCGCCAUGCUACACAAGGAUGGUAUAGAGUUUGCAUUCAAGGAGCCUAGUCCCCAUGGAGAAGGCAACCCUCCUCUCAAUCUAGCCUUCCUGGACAUCCUAAGCGAGUUCUCCUCCAAGCUGAUGCGGCAGGACAAGAGGACAGUCCACCUGUACCUGGAGAGGUUUAUGACCUUCCAGAUGGCCUUGCAGCGGGAGGACUGCUGGCUACCCCUCAUCUCCUACAGAAACUCCCUGCAGGCCGGAGGGGACGAUGACACCAUGUCCGUCAUCAGCGGCAUCAGCAGCCGUGGCUCCACCGUGCGGAGCAAGAAGGCGAAGCCGGCCACUGGCAAGCGGAAACUGGCCGAAGCAGAGGAGACCAGCAGCAGCAGUGACAGUAUGUGGAUGAACCGGGAGCAGGGUAUGCAGACGCCUGUCAUGAUGCCCUCACCCCACCUCACCUCCACCGUCAUGAGAGACACCAAGCGGAUACGGCCAGAGGACACCUACAUGGGGGUCUACGCCCUGCCCCCCGAGCAGCCGCAGCCGCAGCAGCACGCUCACGCCCAGCCGCCUCAACAGCAGCACCACCACCAAACACCAAUGGACUACAAUACCCAGGUGACCUGGAUGCUGGCCCAGAGGCAGCAGGAGGAGGUCCGGCAGCAGCAGGAGCGGGCCGCCAUGAACUACGCCAAACUGCGGAGCAACCUGCAGCAUGCCAUUCGCCGUGGCACUGGCCUCAUGGAGGAUGAUGAAGAGCCAAUUGUUGAAGACGUGAUGAUGUCAUCCGAAGGUCGGAUCGAAGAUCUCAAUGAAGGCAUGGACUUCGACACCAUGGAUAUUGAUCUGCCACCGUCAAAGAAUCGCCGUGAGAGAUCGGAGCUCAAGCCAGACUUCUUUGAUCCUGCCUCUAUCAUGGAUGAGUCUGUCCUUGGGGUUUCAAUGUUCUAAGCUAAUAUUGGAUGAUGUACGAAGACAAGACUCUUAUGUGUUAACGUGAACCUCUAGAUGCUGUGUAGAUGUGUUCUCCGUGGAGAAUCUCUCACACGAUUCAUGGACUUAAGGGCAUCCAGAGGCAGCAUUGCUGUUCACAGAAACAACUUGUUUAAAACUACUAAAACGUUUGCAAUCAUUGGGUAAGCUUUCCCUGUAGUUACACAUUGGCUGACUUCUGAAAGCUGUGGAAUAAGAGGUUGUUUGUAGCCAUAUAUUAAGUAUGUUUUAAAAAAAAAGUGAGGGAAAUGUGAUGUGGUGUGAAGGCAUUGUUCAUUUUAAUUAAUGGGUUCUCAGAAUUGAUAUUUUCUAAAAAAAAAAUAAUAAUAAAAAUAAAAACAAAACAAACAAUAUAUAGAAAACAGGGAAACUUUUUUGUAACUUAUAAAGACUUUGUUUAUGUAUAGCCCUUUUGUAAUAGUAAGUAAUCAGGUGUAAAGUAGUAAUUUAUAAACAGGUUAUUGCUCAUCAUAGUAUUGAUUUUAUUCUUCAGAACUAUCAUGUGUGUCAAAAUUGGGAGGCCUCCAGUUCUUUUUUUUUUUUUUUUUGUUUUGUUUUGUUUUUUUGUAUCCCCCAAACUGACUAUAGGUUAGGAGGAAAAUGACUAGGUCCGCUUGUGCAUGGUGACUGCUGGCCAGAUUAAUUGGAAAUAUUUAAUCUACAGUUGCUCUUAGGAUUUCCACACAGUGCAGGAAACCUGAGGAUGUCUGUACAACACAGUAAUCAAUGAAGCUUACCCAAAGAUUUGAACUGUUUGCCUGUCCUUUUGAGAGACUAAUAUUGAGGAAGCAAAUGGGAACCUCCCCAGCAGUGCCACUGUAUUGUCUCUAAUAAAACAAAAAAAAACAAAAAAAAAAAACAAAGCAGAGUUUGGUAGAGUAUGUUUGUUGAAAAGGAUUUUCUUUAAACAUAUAUACGGCUUAUUAGAGUGUUGGAAUGGGUAUUUACAUUUUAAAUAAAGUUAUAUAAAUUGGUGCUGAUUUUAUAAUUGUGCAGUUAGUUUUUCUUACUUUCAAAUUCCAACCUAAAAUUAUGUUAAGAAAUGUAUAAGAAACUGUUUUAAAAAAAUGAAUGCAUGUAUAGCCAUGCAUUUAAGAAAGAUUUUUAAAUUUGUAUUUUAUAUUGUUUUUUUUGUUUUGUCUUUGCAAAGUCUUCAGGUUUCUAUACCUUUUUUUCUUAUAUGUAAAUUAGUUUGGAUGAUAGGUAUGUGAACAGACCCUUGAAAUUCAGCUUUAAGUUUUUCCAAUUUGAAAUGUCAUUUCACAAAUCCUUAAAUAUGAUUCUGUAACAUAAAAACAAUCUUAAUCUUAUUUGGACGUGAAUAAUAUUCUGCAGUGCUUGGGCAGCUAGACAAAGCUUAAGUAUAACUAACUUAUCGUACAAAAUGUACAUUUAACUGAAAUGUUUUGUCUAUUGAGGUAUAUUCUUUCUAAUCAUUCCAUGCCUUAGCCUUAACAUGCUUGUCAUACUAAACUGUUUUCUCACGCCGAACUCUUCCAUGUAAGUAAAUAAAACCAGUCAUGUUCAAAGGUUGAGUUACUGAAUUGUUUCAGAUGAAAAACCCUUAGUUUCUGAGAAAGUAGAUAAGCAGGCAUUUGUGAGGCAUAUUGUGUUUUACGUAAUUAUUUUUACGUAAGUAAAUACCUUCAUGCUAUGAAAUGCUGUUCAGAGUCCGUCUCUUACCGCUGCAUUGAUGGAAUAACUGAAUAGACUGUGUGUGUGUGUGUGUGUGUGUGUGUGUGUGUGUGUGCGUGUGUGUGCGUGUGUAUGAGUGUGUAUGAGUGUCUGUGUAUUAUAAGGUUCUAGAUUUCAGUUAUUCUAUUUAAGAGUCUUUGUGAGCACUUUCUUUUACUCGUUUUCAACCACUUCAUUGGUGAGCAUGUGUGGAUGAAGUGAAAAUACAUAAUCAGACUCUCAGACACACACACAGACACACAUACACACAUUUUCCCACCCAUAUACCAUCCCUGUCUGUUUUAUUUUAUUGUAUUUGUCUGACUCUUUUAAGAUGUAAGCCUUCCUGAGUUGUGACAAUCUGAAGUAUGAUUAGGUUUGUUUAAGAUGUCUUUACCCACCUUAAAUGACCCUUGAAUUAAACCUUUGUGGCUCAAAUUGGAA